CAGGCCUCGAUUUCAAUCAGGUGCAUGUUGGUGUUGAUGUUGCCUGUAAACACAACGAACGCGUGAAAGAGCAGCAGCAGUGUCUGGUUUGAAAGAACUUCACACGAUGUCUCACAUGGAUAAAGAGCUAGAUAUUACGCCAGAGGAAAUUAACAAAAUCCAGAAUGCUCUAAAGGAUGAAAAGUUUAGAGAGUUAUUCUUUGACUACUGCCAAGAAAUCUCAGAUCCAGAAAACAAAGCAAAAUAUGAAUUGGAGAUUCAACAACUGGAAAAGGAGAGGGGCUUUGAUGUUGUCUUCCUGAAGCCAGAGGCUGGUCACGUGAUCAAAGCAAUAGAUCCUAAGAAAAAUAAGAAGAUUUUUAUCAAUGUUUGCACUAAUGAGAAGGUAGAAAAUGCAAAAGUGAAGAAAGCGGAACAGCAUCGAGGAGAGCAAUUGGUCGGUGGACAGGACUGGACAGUUCCACACAUAUUGAAUCCGCCUCGAGAUGAUGUUGACAAAGCUGGAAACGAAUGCCAGGUGUGCGAUGUGAUGUUUCAUCCCGAUGUUUACGCAAAGGCAAAGAAGCAAAAAGAGGUGAUGAGCCUUGUAAACAACAUAGCAAUGGAUGCAACAGAAAAUAAAUUUGGCUUCCAGCUGGAUCGCAACAAUGUCAAAUACCCGAAGCUAAAAUAUAAAGGAAAGAUAGAGAAGACGUUAUUGCGAAACAGUGACCCAAAUAAUCCUGAUAAAAAACUGGACGACCACAUCUCAAAAUUCGUCAAGUUUCCCGAGGGAAAAGUUCCAGACAUGUCAGAAAAUGGAUGCAAAGAAUAUUUGGUUGAAAAUAAUGCAAAGAGUGAUAUUUUAAGUGAAAAAAGCGAUGAUUCAGCUGGUAAAACAACCCCAGAGUACAAAAUUUUGCACAGAGGCCAUUUUGAUAUGCAAAAUUUCACUUUGUCUGGCGAUGCGGUGAUCAGUACCAGACCAGCCGAGCUAUGCGUCGAGAUCCAACUACCAACAAUGAGAUCUGCAGCAGGUGUUAAUCUUGAUGUGUUCAAAAGAAGACUCACCCUCGAAAGUGAAAAGCCGAAGUACCACCUCAGCAUCCCUCUACCCUACCCAGUUGACGAAGACAAUGGAAAAGCACAGUUUGAUAAAAGCCGCAAAGUUCUCAUUGUGACCUUACCAGUUAUCAAACAGGACCUGAACCAGCCUAUUGUCCAAAAUGAAAACAAAGAAACUGUGAAAACUGGCACGAUACUAUCGAAGGAGAUUUCUGCUAAUUACCUUGAAAGGGAAGCAGAAAAUCCACCUGCGAACGCUGGUCAGGUUUUUGGAAUCAAGCACAACGUGGAUGAAGGGAGUUUCGUAGACAAAGAAGCUUGCGUUGCAGAGACAGAACGCGUUUUUGAGCAUUGCAGUGAAAUGGAAUGUCUGGUGAGAGAACCAUCGGAUAACUUUGAUAACGAGGUUAAUGAGAAAAUAGAAGGCAGGUGUACUGGAAUAAUGGGCGCAAGUACAUUAUCAAAAAGGGAAAAUAACAACAUGUCGAUGGAGAUUGCUCGCGAUAAAGAUAUCUCGAACAGAAAAGAGGGGAUUAAACCUGCGGUUAUUAAUGAUCACAUACGAUCGACGGAGCAAGAAGAAUAUCUAUUUCACAAAUCCAAAACCUCCUCAAAUCAGGUUUCUGCAAAAUCCGAUUGUGAGGUUGUUAUCAAGAGAAACGCAAGUUGUGCGGAUACCCAGGAAACUGAUAAUUCUGGAAAAGAUUAUUAUGUCAUUGAAGAAGAUGCUGUACAGUCGCUGGAAGUGAAAGAAGAUGAUAGUUCGUUGCAACGUGUUGAAGACUCAAAUCAAAGUAGAAAGUUGUUAAAGGAGGCGCGUGCAGAGGCUAGCAAAGCAGUUUAUGAGACCACGGGUUCAUGUGGUAACGCUGUAAUGACAGAGCAAAAUGGCUGUGAAUGCGACGGAGAUAAUGAAAAUUUAAUGAAAUACAAUAUGUCUUUACGAUCCUCUUUGGAACCUGGCGAUGUCUGUAGCCCAAAUUCAAACGGAGAACACCAAAUUUCAGCAAAGGACAACGUUGAUUGUGAGAAAGUCGAUAGCGAGCCUGCUGGGAAGCUUAUUGUCAAAGAGGAUCUCGAAAAUGAGAUCACAACAUCGCUGGAUGAUAUGGAGUUUGAGUUCAGUGAGAUAAUGGACCUUACAGGAAGGACUAAGUUGCCGCCAUACGACUAUGAUCAGAAUGAAGAAACAGUCACAGUAAAUAUACACUUGUCAAAUGUCAGAAUAGAGGAUGUCUCACUUGGUUUUGGUUCAAGAAAGGCUUAUUUUAGUAUGAAAGCUGAUGAUGCAGACAACGAUACCCUCCGUUGGUGUCUUUUGCUCAAAUUUCCUGAAUAUUAUAACUUGGACCAAGAUCUCUGUUCGGUUGACGUUGAGCCAGAGUGUCUGGUUAUAACCCUCCAAAAAUCACAAGACUCGAUUGGUUUGUGGAACAAACUGUACGUUGGCACAAAUGAAAAAGAAUUAAAGGAAAUGUAUUUCAUGACUGAUCAUGGGAUGUCUGAGAUUCUAGGCAAGAUGCAUCAAUCGAAAAAUCUUUGGGCUGCUGGUAGUGCUGAAAAUCAAACGCUAAAGCCGGACCAAACUUUGCAGGCCGAUAAUACGUCAUCGAAAUUUCUUGAGGCAAAGCUGGCGCAGCUGCUGCUAGAUCAAGACCGAGAAGAUUUAGUUGAUCAAGAUACAGACGAGGAGAGAGUAACAGGUGAUAAGACAGAGCUUUGCAAGCUCAAAGAAGAAGCAUCCACUGUUGAUUCUUCUGGGUCGGUGGAAGACACUGGAAUGAUCGGCCUUUACAAGACAAAUAUCCAGCGACAUUCGAUUAGCUCUCAAGCUGAUAGAAAUUCGAGCUCCAGCGAAAUGACCCUUGAUGUUAAUUUAGAAGAAUUGCAAGAUGACGUCAUAAGUGAUACCGACUCAUCCGGUGCUGCGCAGGGAUUAUCAAGACACCCUAUUGAAAGGUCACGCAGUGACGAAACAAACGAUUCGUCGAACUCAAGAUUACGUUCAAUAUUGAAAAGAUCGACGAGCGAAAGUGCUGAAACAGUUAAAAAAUCUGAUGGCAGUGACGAAAACGAUCAUGCAAUGCCUUUCAAUCGAUCUGCAAGUCGAAACAGAUCAAAAAGCCUCAACGUAGACUAUCGAUCGGAUUACAGAAACGCCAGAUCUCGUGUUCGUAACAAAUCUGUAUCUUUCGACCCUGAACCGAAAGUCUGUGAAUUCGUCGAGUAUUCGAAAAAGCAGUUAAAGAAAAUGCGAAAACAAGAACGAAAACAGACUGAAAUUGCUGCUAAGAAAAUGGAAGCUGCCUCCAAAAAAUCUCAUGGAAAACACAAAGGCUCCAAAAGUGGCAAAAACAUGAAUUUCUUCAAUGGCUUUAGAAAAGAUUCAGGCAAGAUUCGAGAAACUGAGAGCGAGACAGAAAAAGAAAGCGAGGUUUCGAAUGACGUCACGCCAAAAGAAAUUCCAAAUGGAGAUUCAGUGCAUGAUCCAGCAACAAAUAAUUCAACGGCAAAAUUAAAUCGAAAGCCAAAGAAGAAAAAGAAAGCGGAACGAAAAGACGAAAGGACUCAAAAGGAAGAAGAACGGACUUGUUCUCCAAGCGAACAAUUAACGAACUCAUUGAUUUUUGAGCUCGAUGAAUAAGGUAAACUGCUACGUGGGGUGUUUUUAUUGUCGUACAGAGUUGACUACAUACGCAUUUCGGCCUAUCAAGUAAAAACAAUUUUAUCUGUCAAAUGUUGUCAUAUCAUUGAUAUUAAAAAAGACCCUUGAAUAAUUAUGACGCCAUUUUUAUGUCCUAAGCUGUAUGCAAGUUUAUAGAUUCGUUACAAUUUAAGUUAAUUCCAUUGUAUCUCGACAUUUUUACGGAGAAAAUCAGAGCUCUUCGAGUAUACGGAGACCUUCACAGAGAACUAAUAAAAAAGAACUUCGCAGUUGUUUUCGUCCAGGCGAAUCGCAUCAGAAACUGACAUUUAUUUGCAAAUUUCGAGUAUUUAAAGACCAUGUAAAGUGCUGAGCCUUUUCACUGGCCAAUGAUUCUCUUUCGCGUUAUUGGCAGGGCGAUUACAAUGAAACUAACCUUAAGUUCUGAUGCCCUCCUAUCUUAGUUAUGACACACUAAAGACCUUAUUUCUGUAUAAUAGCUACAUGGCAUGAGAGACAUAAAAAGUAUUGCAGCUGCAGUACUUUCAAUAUACCACAUAUAACCUUAGGAUCAUUGAUUCCAUUGGUUACAGGGUUAUUUGGGGUCGGACGCGCUUAUAGACCACUUUUGCGGGACUUCACCAGAGACUGGCUUCAAGAGGACAAUGCCCAGUUUUUGAAUAAAUUGCAAAAGUUUUUCUUUGGAAUUUAGGGAAUAGUUUACAGAAAUUGUGUUUUACAGUCAGUUAUAUGUUUGUUCUUAAAGGUGUUCGAUAUUCUACACAGUAUGCAUAUGUACCCUAUGCCAUGCACCUUUAUAUCACCGAAACACCCCCUUUCCUACAACAUUUUAAUGAUACACCGAUCUAAAUGCAGUGCGCAAGUAUUUACCCCCUCCCUCCAAAUCAUGUAUUACCAUCAUUAUUUUUAUUAGUAUCGGAUUUGGGUGAACUAAUUUUUCGACAAGACAUCCUCUUCCAUUUUUUUCUGCUUUGCCUCUGUUCUUGAUAAUUCGACUUGUUGAAAACUAAGUAAUGAAGGAACCUUCAAAAUUACCAGAAUUUAACAAUUGCCUCGAAUACAUAAAUUUUUAAUGUACAUGGGCAUAAAUUUGAAGGUACGUGGAGAUUUUGGCUGUAAAUAGGAAUUAAUUACGGAUUGUUAUGAAAAUCUUGAUUAUAUGGAUUUUUAGUGUACAAGAUUAGUGCGUGUCUUGUUUUUGUGUAGAUCAGGUUGCGUUUCAUUUUCGUGAGGUGUUCGUUUUCUCACCUGCAGAUCGAUUUUUAAAAAUAAUUUGUUCCCUUGCUUAUUGCGUUGAUAGUAAGAGAAAGCUGAUGUCCUAA